CUUAAAAUCUGAAGCAGCAAAAGAAAAAAAGAAAAAAGAAAAAAGAAAACAACCUAGAGAGAACCUAAAACCUAGGAGUUAUCACAUUCUCCACAAACCUAUCCCUAACGGCAUCAGUAUAGAAAACACGAUGUCCCUACAGCUGGCGUUUUACUGGGUCUUUUCAAUGGCCACCAGAUCCGCAUAUUAAUAAAGCAUGCAUGCUACCAUUCCACUCUUACCUCUCUAUCUUUUUCUCUUCCUCUAACUGCAUCCUUCAUCUCUCUCACUAAUGUUCUUCUCUUUCUUCUUCCAUUCAUUGAGCAGCUGCUGCUGGGGGAUUCAACAAUGACCCUUAAGGGUGGCACAACCCAAGCCUGUGCGGCAUGCAAACAUCAGAGGAGAAAAUGCACUUCUGAAUGCCUUCUUGCACCCUACUUCCCCGCAGACCAACCCAAGGUUUUUCUCAAUGUCCACAGGCUUUUUGGAGUCAGCAACAUCGUUAAGAUAUUGAAGAUUUUGGAGCCUAACCAGAAGAAAAUAGCCAUGGACUCUAUCAUUAUUCAAGCUAAUUAUAGAGAUAAGUAUCCUGUGCAUGGCUGUUGGGAAGAGAUUUGUAGGUUACAAUAUCAAAUAUGGCUUGCAGAAGAAGAGCUUCAUGCAGUUUAUCAACAGCUUCAAAUAUGUAGGCAGCAACAACAACAUCCUCCCAUGCCGGAUGAUGUUACUUCACAAUUAGAAUUGGGCAUGACACCAUGUACUAACAAUAAUGCACUCCCAUUGUUUAAUCAUCAUACUCCACAACCAAACACUUACAACAAUAAUGUCACUGCAUUCUCUGUGUCACAGCAACAUUCCUAUUCCAACAGUAACAGUAUGGAUUAUAGCUCCCUCUACUUAGAUUCCAAGGAUAAUGCCAUGAAUCCUUUGUGGGUUCAGUACCCUUGUUCAAAUAAUGACCAUUCUGUAGGAAUGCUUUCUUCACAGCCAUUGCCCAUUCAACAAAAUGUUGUUGAGGAUUAUGUUGACAUGCCUCCCAUUUUUGAUUCACUUGAUGAUAGACAAUCCUACAUUUAUUCCAAGGAAGCUUACGAGUCAAGUUCAGAGGAAUCACUGAAAGACAUAAGAAAGUGCACAGAGGAUGUUUCUGAGAAUGAAUUGAAGAGUGCUGCUGCCUGCUUUAGCCUUACCAGUGUCAACUAG